AUGCGAGGUACCGACAUGUCUCAUAGCACUGCGGCUGAUGGAUCCGAUAGAUUUAGUUCUGAGUCAGAUAAGUAUAUUAAAAAGAGCGAAACUAAGAAUUCAAAACAGGACGAUACUGAAGAAGUUGAAACAUUCGGUCUGGAUAUAUCAACGUCUACACUUAUAGAAGGAAUAGAUGAAAAUGAUCCGAGACAUUCCACUCCUUCCAAAAUGGAAACCACCGAAAAUGGGAAGAUAAAAAGAAAUACCUUUGCCUGUGUUCGUUGCCACUCAUUAAAACAAAAAUGUGUCCCGUCUGAUACAAAUGAUAUCUAUAGAAGACCGUGUGAAAGAUGCCUGAGGACUGGGAAAUUGUGCAAGUUUGACCUGUCGAAGAGAACGAGGAAGAGAAGGCUCAAAUCUGAUCCUACAUCGAGGUCCUCCACUCCUCUCACUCUCCUAAGUAGUGGAGACACUACUGCUCUAAAUGCUUCUAUAGGUAAUGUGGCAUCUUCUCAACUGCCGAACACUUUGAAUAUCGAGGUGCAACAGGCUAAGAGACAAAAACAAUACCCAAAUCCAACAAUAGCGGCGUCUAUUCAGCCUAUACUUCCAGGAAUUCAACAAAGCCUACCAGAUCUUUGGUUAAAUAUUAAGCAACCACCAGCUGUUGCGUCCUCCUCCAAUUCGACCAAACCAUUGCAAGGCAGCGAUAACAAUAAUGCUAACAGUUACACUAAUAAUAGGUCAAUUAGUCCAGGAUUCAAUAAUAGUACAAAUUCGGUAGUAUCAUCAGAUAUUGCUAUCAGUAAACCAAUGGCUGGUACUAACCUGGCGUCUAAUGCUAUCCUAAGUACGUCAAAAAUGCAUCCGCCCAUGGAUAAUGACAUGGAUACGGCCCCAAUUUCUACACUCCAAUCACGACCAACAAUCCCAUCUGCCGUACCACAAAAUAUUAAGGCUAAUAAACCAUUCAAUUCACAUUUAAUUACCCACGAAUUCAAGACGAAACUUCAAUCAUUAUUAAGGUACCAAAAGGCUAAAAUUAUUGAGCUUUCAAGAAACUUCACGGCAUGGUCCAAUGAAUGGAAUGAAUUAGUGCAAAGAAGCAUAUACCCACCAACAAUCAAAGAUCCAGUAACUAUUGGUAUUUUAAACUACGAAGAAGCAUCAUUACGUCUCUCUUUAUAUAAAAAAAUGACAUCUGAAACGAGGGUUCCUUUUGGUAGACUACCUUUCGGUAGAUUAGAUGAGGACACUACUGUCAAACAGCUACAAAGGGAGAAACCGGUUUUACUUUCUGUCAUAAUGUCAUGCGUAUCAGUGGUAAUGUCCACAGCACAAACAAAUAGAGAUACUAUAAUGAAAUUAGAUGGGUUCGUUAUAAAUUUAAUAACGAAUGAAAUAUUCAAAUCAAAUAAUAAGUCCAUUGAAAUGAUCGAAGCUUUGUCAACUUUGUGUUUGUGGUAUAACUUCUUAGAAUGGUCCAGCAAGACAAGAUACCAUCUUUUCAACUACAUAUGUUGCUGUCUAACAAAAGAUUUGGGCCCUACUUUCGUCAAUAGAUCAUUCGGAAUGUUUAGUGAUGAAGAUCCAUGUAAGUAUAAGCCAGAUUUCAAGACCCCGUUAGAAUUGAAUAAAGAUGGGGCAAGAUUAACUAUUUGGGUAUAUGUGUCUUCCCUGAAUAUUUCAAUUUUCCUAAGACAAUCAAUUCAAUCUAGAUGGAAUAAUGAAACUGAACAAGCUUGUAACGCUUUAUUACAAAGCCCAUCACAAAGUAGCUCAUUCUAUAAUGGUGAUGAUGAUCAAAUUUUGAUUCUUUUCGCCAAAUUGAAUCAUAUAUUAGAAAAGAUACAUAUUUACCUACAUGAAAUGGACCAACCUUGGGAUUAUGCUGGUAAAGAGAAAGAAUUUACAGACAAAUUUACUACCGGUUUAAUAAAGAAAUUUGAAAACGAAUUAGAUGAGAUUUUCCAACAAAUACCGCCAACAGGUCAGCGUAUAUUAAUCUUUUACUACUCAGUGGAAGCUUACCUACACCAGUAUAAGAUAUCUAGAUUCGUUUCAAAAUCCCACGAGCAUAAAUUUACAAAAUUACCUAUUGAAAUUUCGGAUGCAUUUCGUAGAUGUUAUGAAUGUUGUACGUCGUUAUUACGAGAAUUUUUAAAACUAUCACCAGAGUUGAUAGCUGCUCUACCUUUGUUCCACAUGUCAAGAAUUAUGUAUACAGUUGGCCUUUUAUUGUUGAAACUACGUUACGCUGUUAUUGCAUUACCUUUAUUUCACCAUUUAUUACCGAUUACCGAAGCUACUGGGGACCUUGUUAAUAAAGUCGAUGAAGUGCUAAAGGAUACUUCAGAACUGUAUCCGUACAACACUUUCCUUUAUAAGAUCCAGUAUGUUGUUGCGUUAUUUUCACAAACAUACGCCAAUAAAUUGAGAGAUCUGGCAGACAGUUAUGAAAAGGCAGAACGAGAGAACAAACCGACUCCAUAUACUGUAAACCAAUUUAAUCCACUCUUGUUACGCUCCUCUUCUGAUGAAAUAAAAUCGGCUUUGUUAAACACUCCAAUAUUGACUACUGAGCCAAACUUCUCACCUGUAGAAAAUAUUGGUCCUAUUCAAAACAAUGGGAAGAUGAACAUAGCAUCUCGCCAAUCGAUGAGAUCAGAAUCUGCGUUAUUUGACGGGAUAAAUACUAGAAGUAAUAACACUAAUCUUGCACCGAACCAAGAAUUAAAAAUAUCCCCAUUUUCUUCAGCUACUGCUUUAUCAACUACACACCUUUCCAAUCCUAGUAUGAUAAAUAACGAUAAAAUAUUGGCAGGGCCUCCAUAUGGUAAGAAUUUAUCAUUAAUUCCAGAAGUUAAUCCAUCACCAUCUGCAUCAAGCGACAACUUGAAUGAAUAUUUGACUGAUAUUAAUUCUCUUGCAUGGGGGUUCAAUGCCUUAAAUGAUGAGUUUUGGACAGACCUUUUCAUCACUGAGUGA